CUUUUUACAGCUACAGAUUUGCUACUUGGGUGCCAGCAUGGAGCAGAUCUUUGCAGAUCAGACGUUUUCCAAAAAUUCAUGAACUUCUAAGCCACAUUUCAAAGACGCAGAGAUAAGAACACAAAAGCAUCUCAAGAAGUCAUGUUGCAGAAAAAGGUGGUGGCAACACAGAAACGAGGGGAGACCAGAGCCCUAUGGCUAGGAUUGGGAAUGAUGGCCUGCUCAGCGAUGAUGUAUCUUUUUAUUGGUUUAGUCCUGGUGCCUUUACAUAGAAAAAGUGUUUGGGCUGAUGAAAGUGAAUGCAAUCUGGUGAGAGCUAACAUCAAGGAAAAAGUCCAUUGUUCAUUCGUUGAAGGCUCUGAAGAUAAAGAUAUUUUUCACUAUCCUUGUCUGGAAGUCUAUGUGAAUGUAACCCAUUUAGGGCAAGAGGUAAUGCUCUACCACACAGAGAACACCGUGAACAGAAAUCCCAAGUGCUCCUAUAUUCCCCCUGAAAUGGAGAAUUAUAAAAAAGUUCAGCAGCACGUAAAAGAGAUAAGAGACAAUUUCAGAAAGCAUCGGACGUUUAUUUGCCAUUAUGACCCAUCAAGAACAGUAGAGAGCGUCCUUUUAAAGAGAUUGUAUCCUCCAGAAGGUCUUCUCAUUGCUUUUGCCUGGCCAAGUAUGCUGUUGAUUGGUGGAAUCUUAAUUGUCAUCUUGGUGAAAUUAAGCCAGUAUCUUGCCUUAGUCUCUGCUACACAAUCCAGAACACUCAUAUAGCUUUUUCUGAGAUCUGGACUUUAUAUUCACUUUUGUACGGG